UUUCUGUCUGAUCGUUACAAAGGGCAGGGACCGCGACGUUCUAAUCGCGAGAAAAAGCCGCCGCGUCUAGCAUUGGCAGGCGCGGAUCAUUUCACGCUUGCCCGACGCCGCCGAAGAAAAGAGUCACACUGCAUCAUCUGGAUCUCCGUUCGUUCUCGAAUUAUUUUUUUCGUUCCUUUCAUCGCUCCUUUCUCUCGGCAUAAAAGCGUGCGGUGCACGGCGGCGCCGACCAUUUCGACGCCAUGCGAGCACCCGUGUUGGUGGCGCUAAUCGCGGCGCUGCUGGUGACGCAGUGCAGCGCGGCCGGCGAGGGCCUCAUCUCCAGGGUCAUGGCCAGCGUCUGGGACGUCGUCUUCCGCAGCUUCGCCGAAGCCUCCGGUUACAAAGUUGAGGCCCUGCCGCCUCCGCCGCCCAAGAAGAAGCAGUCUGAGGAAAAGGUCGCGGUUGUCCACACCACCAGCAAAAGCUUUCACACCACGACAGAGCGAGUAGUGACCAUGACCGAGACCUUCACAUCGUCUGAUGACGACACAUCCGCUCCUCAUCCGCCCUUCAACUACUAUCACAGCGAGGAACACUCCAGCCACUGGCCCGAUAAAGAAGACGACCACAGGCACGCAAAAGACGACGACGACAACAAUGACGACAACAACGACAACAGCGGCGGCGGCGGCGGCGACGCCGAUAAGGAAGAUGCUAAGGAGAAGGAGGCCGAGGAGUCGAGGCGGAUGAAAAUAAAGCCGCUCAAAGUCACCAAAAGAAUCAAAAGCCAGCGCGGCGGCACGGAGGAGAAGAUCACUUUCCGACACAUUGACAAGCAAGGGCCCAAGAAGGCGGCCAAAAGCGAACCUUUAGUCAUCAAAUUGCUCAGUCCCACGCCCACCAAGAAGCCCACGCUGCACGACUCCUGGCCGUCAGUUUGGCACGGCGCUCAUUGACCAAGAAUUCAAAAUUUAGUCAAAAUCUGAUUUUUUUACUUGAAUAAAAAAUUAAAAAAAUACACAAACGCAAACCACAGAUUCAUUUUGUAAUUUAGAUAUGAAUAUUUAUGUUUAUUUUGCUCGAGAAUUUUUACUGACCUUAGGAGUGCAGUUUCCAUGCAGCCUGUCGUCAGAAGCCAUUGACCCCUAGCUUAAAAUGCGCAUCAUCACAUCGCCUUUCAAAAAGAAGUGCAUCUCGCUCCAUUACUCACGAAAACAUAGCGCGUCAGUGACAACGCAUUUCAUCUUAUAUUUUCAUCCACGCAGCUGUGAUAACGCGUUUAGUUAUUUUAGUAAUAAUAUUUCUGCUCCUCCCCUGACAUUGAGUGUUUCCAUUUUUGCUCUUCGCGUGUGUGAAAUUGAGUGUGAAUGUAACUUUUCCUCCGCUGAAUGUGUAUGAGGACAUUAAAACAAUUUGAAAUCUGCA